UAUAGCUGAUGUAAAAUGGCGACGAUCGCAUUUUAGUCAAAACAGAACCGACGAGUUUUAAAAAAAGGGGUCAAAUACAGGGAUAGUUGCUGAUUUUACGGAAGGAAUAUAAACAUCAAGUUUAUUUGUGGAGCCUUAUCAAGGUUCAGUCAUGACCGAGCAGACCAACGUUAACUCGGAGGGGAUCGUGGGCCUGGAUGAGCCCAAGAAGAUGACCAGAGAGGACUGGAGGAAGAAGAAGGAGCUGGAGGAGCAGAGAAAGCUGGGAAACGCUCCAGCUGAGGUGGACGAGGAGGGAAAGGACAUAAAUCCCCACAUCCCACAGUACAUUUCAUCAGUGCCGUGGUACAUCGACCCAUCAAAAAGGCCCACACUAAAGCAUCAAAGACCACAGAGUGAGAAUGAGAAGCAGUACUCCGCAAUUGGAGAGUGGUACAAGAGAGGAGUGCAGGAGAAUGCAGUUGCAACUAAGUUCCGUAAAGGGGCUUGUGAAAACUGUGGUGCCAUGACACACAAGAAGAAAGACUGCUUGGAGCGACCCAGAAAAGUUGGUGCCAAAUUCACAGGAACAGGGAUUGCUCCAGAUGAACACGCUCAGAUCCAGCUCACCAUGGACUAUGAUGGAAAGCGUGAUCGCUGGAAUGGCUACGACCCCGAGGAACAUCAGCGCAUUGUUGAAGAAUACGCCAAAGUAGAUCUGGCCAAGAGGACACUGAAAGCACAGAAACUUCAGGAUGAGUUAGCCUCGGGAAAACUGGACCAGACUGAGCGGGAACAUGACAGUGAAGAUGAGGAUGAAGACAAAUAUGCAGAUGACAUCGACAUGCCCGGUCAGAACUUUGACUCCAAGAGGCGAAUCACUGUCAGGAAUCUGCGUAUCAGAGAAGACACAGCUAAAUACUUGAGAAAUCUGGAUCCAAAUUCAGCGUACUACGAUCCAAAGACGCGAGCAAUGAGAGAGAACCCGUACUCGAACACUGGCAAGAACCCUGAUGAAGUGGGGUACGCUGGAGACAACUUUGUUCGCUACAGUGGAGACACAAUUUCC